UUAAAUUGAUAUCUUACUGAUAACGGAAAACGGUGUAUCUGUUUAUAUAAUAUCAAUAGUUACACCUUAAUCUAAAUUUAGUGUGUGAUUUUGCCAAGACACGAGUCAUGGCUUCAGCAAAUUUAUAUUUGUGUACUUUUAUAGUAAUUUCCAUCUCUCAAAUAUGUGUAGGGGACUAUAGAGCAGCUGUGGUGGAAUAUCAGCCAGCAGAAUCAGCUAAUCCAAAUACUACAAUGGAAACUAAUACUAAUCAAUAUCGUUCAUUUGUAGAACAAGCCAAGAAAGAGGGAGCUGUGAUAAUAGUGUUUCCAGACUAUGGAAUAACAGGUUAUAAUCCCAACGUGACUGCAUAUGCACUUGAAAUUCCCGAUGUAGGAACUAAACCUAAUUCCACUAACGGUUUGAUCUUAGAAAAACUUGCCGACUUGUCACGAAGCUUCGACAUGUAUGUUGUUUUAAAUUUAUUGGAAAAGAAAACCAAUAAUAACAAUAAAACUCUGUACUACAGUACAAAUUUAGCAUUUAAUCCCAACGGAGAAAUUGUUGCAAAAUCACGAAAAACACAUCUUUUUAACGAAGCAAAUUUGACGCCUGGAAAACCUUCCGAAAAUAAUAAUACUUUUGAAACUACAUUUGGUGUUACAUUUCAAUUAUUCUCCACCUACGAUCUGAUUUCUGAAAAACCAAACACCAACGUUAAGGAUAUCGUUUAUCCAUCAUCUUGGAUCUCGACUCUACCUUUCUAUCACUCUCUAUCAAUGCAACAUGGAUACGCUGUGGCGAACAAAGUGAAUCUUUUGGCGGCAAAUUUGAAUAAUCCUUCUGUGGCACUUGGGGGUAGUGGUAUAUUUGGAUCAAAUGGUACCGCCUACCAAUCCUACAUUUCAGGAACAACUGCUUCAAAAAUUUUAAUAGCUACCGUUGUCGAUACUGUCAUUAAUGCUUCAGCUACUAGACACUUUACAAAUAAAUUCUUUAAGGGUGGUCUUGGAAGCUUUGAUUUUGAUGAUGAUAAACCAGAAAUUCUAAAGUACCAAAGUAAUAGAUUAUUUGAAAAUAAAAAAUAUACAAUCAAAACACUAGAUCUUUCCCAACAUAAUAUCAAAGAAAAGAUAUGCCAUAGAUCUUUCUGCUGUCAAUUUAAUAUCAAUGUAACAACAAAUUCCAGCACGGAUGUAUACAAAUUGGUUGCGUACAGUGGUUCAGUAGAUAUUUUCGGAACCCAAAAGAAAACCCAGAGGGUGUGCUCCCUUGUAGCUUGUGUAACUUCACAAGAUAGUACUUGCGGUAACAGCACAGUGGAACCCAGUACAAAGUUCAGCAGCAUUUUGGUUGAAAGUACAGUUGCUAAUGCCAACAGUUUCGUACCAUUGACGCUAACUACUAAAUUAGAACCAAUAUUUAACACAACCUUCGAUUCAACAGCAGUUAAAAACGACAGAAAACUGAGCCUUCUCAGUGAAUUAGAGACCAGCAGUGUUCUUGCUUUUGGUAUUGUAGAGACCACUAUUAGUGGAAGUACCACAGUUACAUUUAGUUUUGCUCUAAUGAGUAUUAUAGUUUUGCGUUAUAUUCUCUUUUAGAUCUUUUAUUAACGCUAAAUUGUCAGUGCUUAUGUAAGUAUUUGUAAUAAAAUAAUGUACAAUUUUAAACAUCACCAAAUACAUCUAAAUAUACAAUAUAUAUUAUC